CUAUACAUUAUAUUCAAGUGAAGAAAUAGUAUAUCUAAGAUGUGGAGGCUAAAGAUAGCAGAUGGUGCAAACAACCCAAACCUAUUCAGCACAAAUAACUUUGUAGGGAGACAAACAUGGGAGUUUGAUCCAAAUGCUGGUACUUCUGAGGAGAGAGCUCAAGUUGAAGCUGCUCGUCAACAUUUCUAUGAUAACCGUUUCAAGGUUAAGGCAUGUAGUGAUCUUCUUUGGCGCUUCCAGAUUCUAAGAGAAAAAAAGUUCGAACAAACAAUAUCAAGUGUGAAGAUAGAAGAUGAAGAGGAUAUAACAGAUGAAAAAGUGGCAAUCACUUUGAAAAGGGCUGUACGUCAUCUAUCAGCAUUGCAAGCUAGUGAUGGCCAUUGGCCAGCUCAAACUGCCGGUCCUUUAUUUUACACUGCUCCCUUGGUCUUCUGCUACUACAUAACAGGGGAUCUUGAUUCAAUAUUUGUAGAAGAGUAUCGCAAAGAAAUUCUUCGAUACAUAUAUAAUCAUCAAAAUGAGGAUGGAGGGUGGGGAUUUCACAUCGAGAGUCCCAGUACAUUGUUUAGUACUACAUUUAACUACAUAUGCAUGCGAAUUCUUGGAGAAGGACCUCAUGGAGGUCAAGACAAUGCUUGUGCUAGAGCUAGAAAAUGGAUUCUUGAUCAUGGAAGUAUAACACAUAUACCUUCAUGGGGCAAAAUAUGGCUUUCGAUACUUGGAGUAUUUGAUUGGCGCGGAUGCAACCCAUUACCUCCUGAGUUUUGGAUUCUCCCUUCAUUUCUUCCAGCUAAAAUGUGGUGUUUUUGUCGAAUGGUGUAUUUGCCUAUGUCUUACUUGUAUGGAAAAAAGUUUGUAGGUCCAAUCACACCACUUAUCUCUGAGUUGAGAGAAGAACUCUUGACUCAACCUUAUGAAAAAGUUAAUUGGAAAAAAGCACGCCAUCAAUGUGCAAAGGAAGAUCUUUACUAUCCCCAUCCUUGGGUACAAGACUUAAUCUGGGAUAGUUUGUACAUGUUUGUUGAGCCGCUUUUGAAUUGUUGGCCUCUUAAUAAGUUGAUUAGAGAAAAGGCCCUUCAGGUAACGAUGAAGCAUAUUCACUACGAAGAUGAGAAUAGUCGAUACAUAGCCAUGGCGUGCAUUGAAAAGGUUUUACGAAUGUUAGCUUGUUGGGUGGAAGAUACAAAUGGUGAUGCUUUUAAAAAGCAUGUUGCAAGGAUACCAGAUUACUUAUGGGUUUCAGAAGAUGGAAUGACUGUGCAGAGUGUUGGUAGCCAAGUAUGGGAUGUUGUUUUGUCCAUUAAAGCAUUACUUGCCACUAAUCUAAUUGAAGAGAUGAGUUCCACGCUUGCCAAAGGAUAUGAUUUCAUCAAAAAAUCCCAGAUAAGGGAUAACCCUUCUGGAGAUUUUAAGAGGAUGCAUCGUCAUAUUUCCAAAGGGUCAUGGCCCUUUUCAGAUCAAGAUAAUGGAUGGCAAGUUUCAGAUUGCACUGCCGAAGCGUUAAUGUGUUGUCUACUUUUAUCAAUGUUGCCUCCAGAGAUUGUAGGAGAAAAUAUGGAACCUGAAAGGUUAUAUGAUUCGGUCAAUAUCCUAUUAUCACUUCAGGGUAAAAAUGGAGGUUUCACAGCGUGGGAGCCAGCGGGAAGUCAAAAAUGGUUAGAGCUACUCAAUCCCACUGAAACUUUUGCGGACCUUAUUGUUGAGCAUGAAUAUGUUGAAUGCACCGGAUCGGUAAUUCAAGCUUUAGUUUUGUUUAAGAAGCUAUAUCCAGAAUUCAAAGAAAAAGAGAUAGAUAAUUGCAUAGCAAAUGCAGUUGAAUUUAUUGAAGAUUCACAAACAGAUAAUGGUUCAUGGUAUGGUAAUUGGGGAAUUUGCUUUAUUUAUGGUACUUGGUAUGCACUUGGGGGUCUAGAAGCUGCUGGCAAGACUUAUAAAAAUUGUUCUGCCAUUUCCAAAGCCACCAAAUUUUUACUUCAAACACAGAGAAAAGAUGGUGGAUGGGGGGAGAGCUUCCUUUCAUGCUCAAAAAAGAUAUAUGUUCCCCUUGAAGAAGAAGUUCGAUCAAAUGUUGUUCAAACAUCAUGGGCUCUUAUGAGUUUAAUUCUUGCUGGCCAGGCAGAGAUAGAUCCAACUCCUCUUCAUCAUGCUGCAAAAUUAAUCAUCAAUUCUCAAUUAGAAGAAGGCAAUUGGCCCCAACAGGAAAUCACAGGAGCAUCCCUAAAAACACUCAUGUUGCAUUAUCCAAUAUAUAAAAAUAUUUUCCCAAUGUGGGCUCUAGCUGAGUAUCGUAAGCGGGUUUCAAUGCCAUUCACUUAUGUUAAAUUUUACAAAGAUGUGAGCACAAGAGAGUUGAAGCCAUAUCAAUAA